UACUAAUUGUUCUGGGUAUAGGUUUUUCUCAUUGCUGAAGGCCGUACGGUUGCCUAUAAUUGCUACAUCCACUUUGAAUUUUGAACUUUGGUGGAUUGCUUUCUCAUUGGCAAUUAUACCACAUCUCCUUUUUUAUAUGUGUAAAUGAGAUAUAUUGUAUUGGUAUGUUUUAUUUUCUAUUGCAACCAAUCUAGAUGAAGCAAUGAUUGACUUGAAUCAUUCACGUGCAAUCAACUGGGUAUAAAAUAUAUGGAAUACGUCUCUUUGGUCUUUUAACGACUAAACAAAACGGCAGUGCAUAAUAAUGGCUCGAGAAAAAAGACUCAAUCUUUUUAUCGUUUUGAUUUUAAGUAUCCACAGCAAAAUUUUGGCAAAACCUUUGUUAGAUGAUAGUCACAUCAAUAAAUACAUCAGUUCUAAAAAACUUCGUGAAGAUGGAUUUAAUGAGUUUGAGUUGACUUCAGUCCAAGAGGUAACAAGUUCACAUCAACAGAGCCUAGAUGCUUCAUCAAUCCAUCGACGAAGACGGUCAGUAGAUUCCACAGAAUCAUAUGAUAUUGAAAUAUCUGCAUUUGGGGAAUCUUACAAAAUGACUUUCCAACAUACCAAGUCGAUUCUGCACCCUUCAGCUAAAGUUUCCAUAAUGAUUGAUGAAGAGGAAACAGAAUGGAAUGGAGACCAUCCGGAUUGUUUUUUGAUUGGAAAUGUCCAUUCUCAUGAUGGAACUGUCUCGGCAUCAUUUUGCGAAGAAUUGCGAGGAAUGAUGUCAACUAGCGACCAUGAGUUUCACUUUGAAGUUUUACCACAUCGUAUUCGAAAACGUAGUUUAUUGAGGGAUGAACCGCAUACAACACUUAUAGCAAGAAAACGAAUUGAAGAUAUACAGUUCUCAGAUUUAAGCCAAACGAACGAUUACAUUCCUAUUAAUCAAACUGAGUAUAGCCAUAAAAGAAUACAUAAACGGUCGGUACCUUCUUCUGACUUCACAAUAGAAUUGGCAGUGUAUUGUGAUGCUGACUUCUUGUCUUAUAAACUACCAGCUACUGACAUAACACGCAGAGUUGAAAUCAUGCUUUGCAAAUAUAAUGCAGUGCAGUUUGAAUGGAGUCGUGCUGAUGUGUUAAAUUAUAACGUCACUCUAUCAAUCAAACUUUUGACGUUUUUUGAUACAAACCCAUCCUGGUACAACGCUUCCACUUCUCUGUCCGUUCCCUUGAAAACUAUAUGUACGGGAACUCAAACCUUAGCUUAUGAUCAUGUACAUGUUCAUACAGGCAUACCUAAACCAGAAUUGGGAGGAUUAGCUUACCAAAAUGCAGUUUGCAAUACUAGGUACAGAUGUGGUGUUUCUGCAGAUGGGAUUACAACAUAUGUCGCAACAGUCCAUGAAAUAGGUCAUAACAUGGGUAUGCUGCAUGACGCUGAUAGAAAUUGUUCAUCUCCAGACGUUGGUAUUAUGGGUGGUGCUGGCGUGGGAUGGAGUACAUGUAGUUGCAAUGAUAUGAACACAAGGUUACAAACUGGCAAUCAUGGGUGUCUAUGGAUAGAAAAUAUUGCUGAUAAUGAAGUUACCCCAGCAUCUUUACAGGGAUUGAUAUUAGUGCCAGAACUUCCAGGUCAGAUGAAGACAGCAGAUGAAAUAUGUGAACAGUUGUAUGGAAGUGGAUUUAAAUACCGUGAAUAUCCGAAUGUUGUGGACCCAGUUUGUAACAUUUAUAGCUGUGUCGAUCAUAACGUUGGGAAUACACAUGGGCAGAUGUUCAAGCAGUCUGAUUCUGUUACCGGUUUAUACUGUGAAGAUCAAAAGAUCUGCUUUGGCGGUGCGUGUGUUGAUUGUUCUGAAGCUCAAUUACCUAAUCCUGAAGUACGUGCAGGAGGAUGGUCGGAUUGGGGAACCUGGACAACCUGUUCCCGGACAUGUGGACGAGGAAUGCUUUACAGACGACGAAUAUGUAAUAACCCAACUCCAAAGAACAGUGCAAAUUGCGAUGGAAAUGAAUACGAAGCUGAAGGUUGCAGUCUUACGCCAUGUGCUGGGGACAGUGGCACGGAUUCUAAUCUUAUAGUACAAAGAGCAAACGAGACAUGUCAAAGACUGAUUGAUAACAACAUCAUUAAUGGAACAGAAUAUACAGCUUCCGGAUCUAUUUACUCAUCAUUAAACCAUGGUGUAUGUGAAGUUUUUUGUGAAUCAACUCCAGGGUAUACAAGACCUGAUUUUACUAGAUUUGGAUUGAUAGAAAACGGUACGCCGUGUCCUGGAACCUUAGAUACUGCGGAUGCAAAUCAAUAUCCCCGACGCCCAGGGUUUUAUUCUGCUUGCUUAGAAGGAUAUUGUCAGAGAUUUGACUGCGCCAACACUCUGAAUGCUGGUGUAUUUGAUGGAUGUGGCGUGUGUAAUGGUGACAAUAGUACAUGCAUUAUCCUAGAGGGAUAUUUUACUGAUGAUGUAGCUCAAUGGCAACGAAAAGAGUGGACACAAAUUCCUGUUGGUGCAUAUAACAUUGAAAUAUCAUUUGUAUGGAACGAUAUGAAGAAAUAUUAUACAGAAAUAUUUGAUGAAGAUGGGACUCCAAUUAUAACGAGUAGCAUAGCCGGUGAAUCUAGAAUAUUUCAAACUGGAGAUAGUCCGGUCUAUUUUAACGGAACUUGGUGGCAUAAUGAUGCUUAUGUUGCUAUCAUGCAUGCCGAAGGACCAUUGAUAGGGCCAGUGAUUGUGAAGGUGUAUAGUUAUGGAUCAAACAGUAAUACUGGAAUGAAGUAUGUUUAUUCUGUGCCCAUUAACACUGCAACAGACAAUAUGAUAACAGACGAAAUGACAACAGCAGCAUUGAUAUCUAUUCCAGUGACCACAACAACCAUUACACAAGCAAAUAUGAUAAAUGUUACAGAUGCCAUUGACACAACAACUGUGGAAAAAACAACUAUUAUGACUACAGUAGAAGCAACAAAUACAAACGCAACAACAACAGCAACACUACUAACUUUUAAUUUGAAAUAUGUGUAUGUAGUUGGUGGAUGUGGGGGUACAGGAGUAUUGAUUACAAUAGUAGUCCGUCUUCAUAUCUUAUACAGGAAGAAAAAGAAAAAUAGUGUCAAGACCAUCUCCAUCAAAAGUAAGCCCAAGAAUAUCACAGAUCCGUUAUUUAUGAAAAGAAGAAAAUGACUAAAUGCACAUGUUUGCAGUAGGGAUUUUUUUUGUAUAUAACAAUAUUUUUUUAUUCUACGUGCUGUGCUAACUAAAAGUGUAUUUCUUACUCAUACUAUUAUGAUUAACUUUCAUAUAAUAUUCUCAUUUCUAGGACUAUAAUGCCUCAUCUGAACAGAUAGAAAAGGCAUUUCCAUACAAGAUAUAUUAUUAUUUCCAUAUAAUAAAUUUAUUAUUGUUAAGUUUGAGUAUAUUGUAUUUUUGUUGAAUUCUUCUCACACUGAAUGUAAUUUUACUAUUUUUUUAAUAAAGAUUUUUAUGAA